AUGGGGACACUGUCUAGGAUUGGACUAUUUAACAAUGAAGCUCAUUCGUUGCUAACUGAUGAACAGAGACCAACUUUCAGAAAAUUCUUAUUUGAACUUCUCAAAGUUGCUAGUGAAGAUCAAGAUGCUUCAUUAAUAGGAGAGAAUGACAUCACGGAACGAAUAUUAACACAAGGGCACUGCAAAGAAGAGAGAACUGCAAGGAAGACAGCAAAAACAAUCAUAUUCUUGGGACUUCUUGAGCAAACAGAAAUCCCUGCUUCCUGCAAAAGUUCUUUUGAUGUUGUUCGUUUUCGCAUGGAAGAGAGGUUAUCAUACAGUAGCACCGAAAAGGAUAUGGUGCUUUUGCACCAUGAAGUGGAAAUAGAAUACCCAGAUACCCAAAAUACAGAGAAGCAUAGAGCUACUUUACUUGAAUUUGGGAGGACUGUCAAUGGAAACACCACAACUGCCAUGGCCCUUACUGUUGGUAUUCCAGCUGCUGUUGGAGCUCUGCUCUUAUUGACAAACAAGAUUCAGACAAGAGGAGUUUUGAGGCCUAUCGAACCUGAAGUAUACACUCCAGCACUGGAUAUUAUAGAAGCUUAUGGCAUCAAGUUGAUAGAAAAGACUGAGUAA